AUGAACUCUCGAGUUGGCACAGGAGAUGAUUGUGUCUCUAUAGGCCCUGGCACCUCCAACUUGUGGAUCGAAAACAUCGAAUGUGGCCCUGGCCAUGGAAUUAGCAUUGGGAGUCUAGGGUGGGAAUUGCAAGAACCCGGAGUGCAAAAUGUGACAGUUAAAUCAGCUACAUUUACAGGAACACAAAACGGGGUUAGAGUGAAGACAUGGGCUAGGCCAAGCAAUGGAUUUGUUAAAUAUAUUCUUUUCCAGCAUUUAGUCAUGGUUAAUGUCGAAAACCCCAUAAUUAUUGACCAAAAUUACUGUCCCGACGACCACAAUUGCCCUAAUCAGGUUUCAGGCGUGAAGAUUAGUGAUGUAACAUAUCAAGACAUACAUGGGAGUUCGGCAACAGAAACUGCAAUGAAAUUUGACUGCAGUAAAGGAAAUCCAUGCAAUGAUAUUACCUUGGAAGAUGUUAAGCUGACCUACAAAAAUGAGCCGGCUCAUUCGUCAUGCAUUAAUGCCAUUGGGAAGUUUUCCGGCUUAGUUGAGCCUAAUAGCUGCUUGUAUAAUUAG